GGCUGCCGACCAUCGACGGAUCGGUCGCGGCUCUGCGAGUUCACGCCGCAAUUUGAAGGUUAUCGAGCUUCAUCAAACGUUUGCGCCUUGGAUACGAUCUUAUGGUCAGAACGGCGCCGGUGCCGACGUCACAUGUCUGGGUGUGGAUUGGCGCCACGCCAGCAGAAUGUCCUGUCUGGAACUGCGAGCUCUUUGUGAUGAGCCGGCCAACAAGUGAAGUCAGUGUUGCAAGCUGUCAGACGUGGGCCGGGCCUGCAAACCACAACUAACCUGAGCCAGUUGAAGAGGCGGCGCGCAUCCCUCUCGCCCAAAACGGGCCGGACCCGACGAUGCUCCUUGCGCACGCCGGGCCAGACGAGACCAAGAACAUCCCACUCGCGGCGGCUUUGAGGGACCAACGGGCCAAUCUGCGCGAGACGCAUUGAAGACUUGUUGGCUUGGUCAAAAGUACACCGUAAUGGAGCAGGAAGGCAGGCCAUCAAUGGAGUUAUCCUUCAGCCUUUGCGCCACAUGAUCACUGCCGUAGCAUUCCAAUCAGAAGAGAAGGAAGGGCCCUUCCUUUUUGCCCGCACGCUCUGAAGAAGGGGUGGCGCCGUCAGCUUUUGAUACUGCCCGUUCUGACACGGGCCGGUAGCGAUGACGCCUGGAUUAGCUGUGCCCAGAAAGGCUCCUCCACAGGGCGGGCAGCUUGCUUCUGCGCUUUGCCGCACGCCCGCGUAAUGUUGAGGGAAGGGGGCCUUGCACUGCUGUGGAGUACGAGUCGCUUAUUGUGAUGGGCUACAAUGAAUGGUCAAACAGAGUUGGUCGAAGUUGCAAGUGUGCACAAAUCAAAGGUUUCAAAUGGUAAUUGAUCUUCUUUUGGUCCAUGGCAAGAACCCAAAUCCACCGCUGUCCUCUAACUACAAACAAGAGCAACAAAAAUCAACUCGAGAAUAAAAGUGAUAGAAAGUUGGAUUUGUUUUCUUUGAUGAUGAUAAAGAGCGUCUGUUGUCCGUUGUUUUUUUUCCGUCUACUAAGCUCUAUUUUAUUUUGGUGAGCAAAAGUCCCGCCCGCCCAUCGACUUCCGGCGAGGUGUGCCUGCCGCUGAUAAAAGAUCCGCCUGUCGCUUCUUGUUUUGUCUUCAUGUGCGACCGACCGACCGACCGAGCGAGCUUUUUUGACACUUUGGUGUGGAGAGCAAGUGAAAGCGACGACAAUGAAGCCUGUCAAGUGCAGGUCACUGCAGCCCGUGUCGCCGUGGCGAUGGCUCUUCUCCAUCCUGGUGCCGUUGGUGCUGACCAUUCGAGCCCGAAAGAGACGCAGCCUGGAUUUGUCGGGCGCGCUGGGAGCGCUUUUUGUGGGCUUCGUGCUGACCAUGGCCAACUUCAGCUUCUUCUCGUCCCUGCUGGCCUUUUUUGUCACUUCGUCCAAACUGACGCGCUGGGGUGCCGCGCGCAAGAAGAAAAUUGACGCCGACUACAAGGAAGGGGGCCAGCGAAACUGGAUGCAGGUACUCUGCAACGGCGGCGUUCCCACGCAGCUGGCGCUGCUCUACAUGAUCGAGGCGGGCCCCGGCGAGACGCCCGUCGACUUUGGCCGGCAGUACACGGCGUCGUGGCUGUGCCUGUCGCUGCUAGGGGCGCUGGCGUGCAGCGCGGGCGACACCUGGGCCUCCGAGGUGGGGCCCGUCCUCAGCCGCUCUCGCCCCAGGCUCAUCACCACCUGGCAGGAGGUCCCUGAAGGUACCAAUGGCGGGGUGACUCACACGGGCCUGGUGGCCAGCUUCCUGGGUGGUCUGGCGGUGGGCGGGGCCUACUGGGCCACUCAAGUGCUGUUUGUCGGCCAGAUGCAGCAGUGCGCCCCCCAGUGGCCGCUGGUGCUGUACGGGGGCGCGGCCGGGCUGCUGGGCUCCCUCCUCGACUCCCUCCUGGGAGCCAGCGUGCAGUACUCGGGUUUCGACACCAGCGUGGGCAAGGUGGUGAGCUACCAGUCGCCCACCACGCACUGGAUCAGCGGCAAACCCAUCCUGGACAACAACGCCGUCAACCUCUUCUCGUCCAUCCUGGUGGCGAUAGGCCUGCCCGGGAUGGCUUGGGGCUUGUGGCCGCACUAGGGAAAUAGAUAUCAGGGGUGGGGGCUCCGCUCCAGUCCAGGCAGCGACGGAGAAACCGAGAACUUUCUUUUAUGGGCUUCUUUUGAAAAUAAAUCAAGCGCUAAUCA